AUGUCUUGGCAGAGAGACCAGCUGCCCCUAGCCAGGCCUCCCCUUUUCAAAAUCGCUUCUCUAGCCAUUGCUCCCCACCCCACCCUUGAGCUGAAGUACCCCUCUGUCCGUAAGCUGAGGCGAGGACAACUGCGCUUCUCCCAGCACCAAGGCCACAGGCGGAAGCCACCCGUGAGUGGCGUGUUCCUCCCCCAUCCUGCCCCUGCUGGCUCCUCUGGGAGUGACCUUAUCCAGCAAGUGAGCCUUCCACAGCCAGCCUUGCCCAUCAGCCCAGGGCUCGCCUGGAUAAAGAUGCUGCCUCCCUCGUGGCCUGUGGGGCCGUCAGCAGCUCGGGGUGGGUGA